AGCAUCGUGUAAUUGUUCUCGUUUAUAACUCGCAUUACUGUGCAGUGGAUGCAAACAUAAAGAUGUCAUCAUCAUAGGAUCGUGACACACGGAAAACUAUCAACUAUCAGCACAUCAGUUUAUCACAUUAGCAUCAUUUUACAAAGCUGUAGUGAUCUGCAUUCAAUUGCCGCCGACUCCAUUAUUUUUAUUAAAUCUGUCUGAAAGCCGUUAUGGUAAAACGUACAUCGAGAAAGGCCUGGAGAUAAUCGUUAAUUUAUUGUCUUUGUGAUGACUUGAUGGAUUUUACUCAAGAGGACGUGUGAAGAUGUCAGGCCAGAGAGGGAAAACCAGAUUGGAGACGUCCAAUGCUCUUUUUGUCUCUUCGAUGAACCAAACAGGAUCUAAUUUUAAACAUUUGGGGGCAGUUUCCCAGACAGGGGUCUGUAAGGGACGUUUGGGGAAGCAGGUUGGAUUCACCCAUUAUUUCCUCAUGAUAGCCUUGUGGGUCUUCCUGCUUGUUUUCCUCUUCAUUGAUGACUUGGAAUCAUGGGCGACAUAUUUGUACAUGAGCAGAGCAGAGGGUCCUCAAGGAUUGGUUCUUCCACAGAGUAUCCCGCCCAGUCGUUCGGAAGAGUACCUUCUCAUGCCGAGCUCACGCGUCUGCCAACGAGCCAAACCUUACCUCAUCAUUUUGGUGGCGAGUGCCCCUGCCAACAGAAAGGCUCGCCAAGCCAUCCGUGACACGUGGGGUGGGGAAGUACAAGUCAGAGGUCAUCGAGUCAUGACCCUCUUCAUGUUAGGUCAGCCAUCUGACCCAGUUCUUGGCAAGGAAUUGAUUGAAGAGUCAAAUGAGCGUGGAGACCUGAUACAGGGUCGCUUUAUCGACUCCUAUGGAAACUUGACCCUAAAAAGUCUCAACAUGCUGGGUUGGGCACGUAGUUUUUGCCCGCAGGCUCGCUUCCUGGCUAAAGUUGAUGACGAUGUAUUGUUUAACCCAAGUGCAUUGCUACAGUAUCUUGAUCUCAGCUUUAAAAUGACAAAGGAUGAACACGCAAACCUUUAUCUAGGCCGUGUGCACAUGCAGGUAGCACCGGACCGCAAUCCAGACAGCAGGCACUUUAUGCCAGAGUCUGCGUUUAGCGGCACGGUUUUGCCAGAUUACUGUAGCGGGACGGCAUAUGUGCUAUCUCGCCCUGCAGUGCUGAAGCUGUCGCUAGCAGCUGUCACUAUGUCCUUGACCAAACCUUUGAUUCCAGAGGAUGUGUUUAUGGGUAUAUGUGCAUACAGAGCAGGCAUUACACCUACCCACUCCCCAUUCUUCUCUGGAGGACCAGCUGUGCCAUACGGCCGUUGUUGCUACCAAACUAUGGUGUCUGUUCACCAUACCAGUCCGGGCAACAUGUUACGCUACUGGACAGAGGUGCACUCCACACCCCUGUGUUCAUGGUUGGGUGUGCGGACCUCACUUAGCGUUUGUAAAAUGAGAGUGCUUUUUGGGACACUGUUGCGAAAGAUGAGCAUAUGAUCUAAGUUCUAAUAGGAAUGCGUAAUGUUGUGUAGAUUUUUUAAAAAUUAUAAUGCACUCCAGUUUAAUAGAGUUGAAAAAGCACAAAUUAAUAAUAGUCUUUUGUUUACAAAGACACACUAUGCACUGCAAUUUUUUAUUGUAUGGUACUUGAAGUUUUCGCUUUUUGCUAUAGUCAGCGUGUGCCUUUCGUAAGUGUCCACUGAACUACUUAAAAAAACAUCAUGCCCAAGCGUUAUCUGAGCCCAAGCGUAUUUCACGUUUGUCCUCUUCCAGCAGCUACAUGUAGCAACACAUUUAAGUAAUGCAUACUGUAGGUACCUGUAAUAUGCAUACAGUAGUUCAUACCAGAAACUAUAAACAUAAAAUAAUAACAAUAUUUA